AUAGAAAAGAAAGAAAAGCAUGUCGUAGGUCGUAGCUUCUAAACCAAACGUCCAAACAGAAUAAACAAACGCCACAGGGCCUCUGCUCCCCGGCGUUACGGCGGAGGAACGAAGACUUCAGUCAUCCAGUAGCUUGGAAAGAUCUCACCUCGUCACUCAUGUUCCGCCUUCAUCGUCUCUUGUUCACCUGACGUCAGCCGCCUCCAGGACUUCCGACGCCGCCGUUCCUCGCCUGUACUUUUCCGCUGCUUUCAACUUUCCUUGGCUUCGAUCAGUUUCACCGGCAGGCGGAGGUUUCAGAGCCUUGAAUAAGCGUGGAGGAUUUGGCGAAUUAGUGCUUGGGGUUAAGGCGUAGCGAAAAUGAUGGGAUCAGAGAAUGAAGCAGAAUCUCAACUUUUCGCCUCUAGAGAGGAGAUGGAAAACCUUGUCCUCGAUGAACCUUCCGACAAUCCCAACGGCAACGGAGGCAGCAAAUCUUUCUCCGAUUAUCGCAGCGUCAUGUCGUCCCUCGCCGAUACGCAUCACCCUCUCUCCCCGCUAUUGACGCCGGCAGAUUCGGAUCCUUUACUUGCUCCUCAACCAUACCGGGAUCUCCGAAACCCUAGCCUCUCGCACGAUAACAAUUCCUACAUUGAACCGCCUGCCUAUGCCGAUGUCAUCUUCAGUCCGUUUGACGAGAAUACUGGCAGCGAAAUCAAUGGCAUCGAUAGCCCCGGUCGAUCUUCCGAUUCCUCACUUUCUCUCUCGAGAUCCCCGUCCUCCAGCUCCGAUUACAUCAAGAUCACCGUCUCCAAUCCACAGAAGGAGCAGGAAACUUCGAAUUCACUUGUCCCCGGAGCUAGCACCUACGUCACGUAUCUAAUCACGACGAGAACCAACAUCCCGGAGUUCAAUGGAUCGGAAUUCGGGGUGCGGCGGCGAUUCAAGGACGUGGUCACUUUAUCGGAUCGGCUGGCAGAGGCUUAUCGAGGGUUCUUCAUCCCGCCUAGACCAGACAAGAGUGUAGUGGAGAGCCAGGUGAUGCAGAAGCAGGAAUUUGUAGAACAGAGGAGAGUUGCUUUGGAGAAGUAUUUGAGAAGGCUCGCUGCGCAUCCCAUCUUAUGGAACAGCGAUGAGUUGAAGGUGUUCUUGCAGGUGCAAGGGAAGUUGCCGUUGGCUACAAGCACUGAUGUGGCUUCCAGGAUGCUUGAUGGUGCAGUGAAUCUACCGAAGCAGUUAUUUGGAGAAGGAUCGACGGUAGCCCCACAGGAUGUAGUCCAGCCAGCCAAAGGAGGGAGAGACUUGUUGAGGCUGUUCAAAGAAUUGAAACAGUCUGUUUCUAAUGAUUGGGGUGGUUCAAGACCACCUGUAGUGGAGGAAGAUAAGGAGUUCCUAGAGAAGAAGGAGAAGAUGAACGAGUUUGAGCUGCAACUGAGCAAUGCUUCUCAGCAGGCGGAGUCGUUGGUGAAAGCACAGCAAGACAUGGGGGAGACGAUGGGAGAAUUAGGGUUAGCAUUCAUUAAAUUGACAAAGUUUGAGACUGAGGAAGCUAUGUUUGAAUCACAAAGAGUAAGGGCAGGUGACAUGAAGAACGUAGCUACAGCUGCUGUCAAAGCUAGCAGAUUCUACAGGGAACUGAAUGCUCAGACGGUUAAGCAUUUGGAUACCCUCCACGAGUAUCUUGGGUUGAUGCUAUCAGUUCAUGGUGCAUUUGCCGAUCGCUCUAGUGCUUUGCUGACUGUGCAAACUCUUCUAUCAGAAUUGUCGUCUCUUCAUACAAGGGCUGAGAAACUUGAAGCUGCGUCAUCAAAGAUAUUUGGUGGUGACAAAUCAAGGAUUCGAAGGAUAGAAGAGUUGAAAGAAACUAUAAGAGCCACUGAAGAUGCUAAAAGUGUUGCAGUUAGAGAGUACGAGCGGAUUAAGGAAAAUAACAGGACCGAACUGGAAAGGAUGGAAGCGGAAAAACAUGCCGACUUCUCCAACAUGUUGAAAGGAUUUGUGCUUAACCAGGUUGGCUACGCCGAGAAAAUUGCUAACGUGUGGGCAAAGGUUGCGGAGGAGACCAGUGGAUAUGCAACGGACAGCGCUUAGAAUGUAUUUAACUCGGUAUUUAUGAGGAGCUAGCUGUACAUUCCGAGUUCUUGUGCUCUCUUCUUUGCUUCUCUUCUUUCCCUUUUGUCUUCCUUUCCUUUUUUAGCUUUCUCAGUUUGAUCUUUUUACGCAAAGUAGGAAGGAACUCAUGUAUUUACAAUUUGUCGAAACACAGAACAAUUAAACAAAGAAAAUAGAAAAGCCAAG